AUGGAGCACACCACGGGCACCAAGCACACACCAUGGACCACCAGAGCACACACCAUGGGCACCAAGCACACACAUAGACCACAAGCACCAAGCACACCACAGGCACACCAAGGCACCAAACACACACCACAGAGCACACCACGGGCAUCAAGCACACACCACGGGCACCAAGCACACACCACGGAGCACACCAGCAAACACCACACCACGGGCACCAAGCACACACCACAGGAUGCACCACAUGGGCACCAAGCACACACCAUGGAGCACACCACGGGCACCAAGCACACACCAUGGAGCACACCACGGGCACCAAGCACACACCAUGGAGCACACCACGGGCACCAAGCACACACCAUAGAGCACACCACGGGCACCAAGCACACACCAGGAGCACACCAUGGGCACCAAGCAAACACCACGGAGCACACCACGGGCACCAAGCACACACCAUGGAGCACACCACGGGCACCAAGCACACACAUGGAGCACACCACGGGCACCAAGCACACACCAUGGGCACCAUGGGCACAACACCACGGAGCACACCACGGGCACCAAGCACACACCAUGGAGCAACACACCCGGGCACCAAGCACACACCACGGGCACCAACACACACACCACGGGCACCAAGCACAGACACCACGGGCACCAAGCACACACAUGGACACACCACGGGCACCAAACACCACCACACCAGCACACACCAGCACACCACGGGCACCAAGCCAACACCACGGGCACCAAGCACACACCACGAGCACCAAGCACACCAUGGAGCACACCACGGGCACCAAGCACACACCACGGGCACCAAGCACCCACCAUGGGCACCAAGCCAACAACACGUGGCACGAGGCUCUGCAGUAA